UCACGUCUUAGUUGUCAUUCCUCCUGGCAAUCGGACGGCGUUCAUUUUAUUGUACUCUACAGAAAACGUGGGAAACAUUCUUAUCAAGUUUACCAAGUCGGUUAUCGGCAUCUUCCUCCAGAGCUUACCCUGGGUGCAUCUUCCUAUCAGCCUUUUGUCAAAAUCUGGUUGAUAUCUGGACUACAAUCAUUGCCGCAAUUUGAAGUUCUACGUACAGAGUUUGAACCUUACUCUGGUGGGGCACGUUCCGGCAUGAAUACAAUAAAUUCGAAGGUAUAUAUUGUUGAAAUACGGAGAUCCUUUGGGGUUUGUGACGAUGAACAGGAGACCUGUGAACGUGGAUGCAGUUUCAGUGCACAGAAUCAGUUCUUCUGUCAUCGCACAUGCUUGAACACAAACGGAAAGUGCAACACAAGUCCAAGUGAUUCGUGCAAAUUCCGCGAACCAUACAGAGGAACGUGGAACUUGAUUGAAGAUGAAUACCACGGAGCCUCCAGUACAACUACUGACAUUUUACUUGUUGAAGAAAACAAGCUACGUUUCAACACAUCGAGUCAUCUACAGCAAGAGGACGAAUUGCACUGUGUACGUGAACUACGAGAAGCGGAACAGGAUUUAAGACUAUUCAUGAGGUCGCUGAAAACUCUUCGACAGCCCACGAUCAGUUUUGCCCUUCUUGGGGCUCAUCAGGUAGGCGCAGUCUCCGGAUUUCCGUCAACCCUGCGAGUGGUUUCUUUUAUGAAAAUAUACUGCGAUGUCUCAGAUAUCGUGCCAACUGAAAUA